UGAUAUCUUGUCCUCUAGGAUAGGCUAGGGCUAGUGGGAGGAGCAAUGCACGAGGAGCGAUCGAAGGCGCCAGUGCUUGUUCGAUUGAAAGGGAAAUGCGGCGAUGUGCGCUGCGCAGUGAAUGGUUGUCAGGAGCGAUCGAUUGCCGCAGUGCUUCUGGAUCGUGACGCGAGGAGUGGUGCCGACACUGUCAGGCAAAGAAAGAGGGCUGGAGCUUUACAGAAGAUGCCGAAGGAAGAAUCAUCAGAAGAAGCUAUGUACGGUGAUUUUCAGUGCAUCAUCAGGCCACGCUCAGAAUGGAAAAGGAUUUUGUCAGCUGGGUGAACUGGAUUGGUUCCCUCAAGCAUUCCAUGUUCGGAAAGACAGCUAGGAACAGGAUCAAAGUUGCGAGGACGAUUGUGGUGAGCAAGACAAUUGGGGAGGGUGACUACACGACGGUUCAAGCGGCUUUGAACUCUAUACCUGACUACAAUGGCGAGCGCAUUGUCAUCCACAUCAAUCCCGGCUACUACAGAGAAAAAGUUACGGUUCCAAUAACGAAGCCUUACAUUACACUCCAGGGCUCUGGAGCGUGGCUUACCAUCAUCGACUGGAAUGAUACAGCAAGCAGUCCUGGUCCUGGCGGACAGCCGUUGGGAACCUUUGAGAGUGCAACAGUUGGAAUUUACGCGUCGUUUUUCAUUGCUAAGAACAUUACGUUUAAGAAUUCUGCUGUAUUUUUUCCUGGAGCACCAGGGAAACAAGCUGUUGCCCUUAGAAUUUCUGGUGACACAGCUGCUUUUUAUGGUUGUCAUUUCUUGGGAUCCCAAGACACUCUAUACGAUCACAGUGGCCGUCACUACUUCAGAGAGUGCUACAUUGAGGGAUCUAUAGAUUUCAUAUUCGGAGAUGGCCAUUCAUAUUACUACAAAUCUCAUCUACACGCUGCUGCUGAGAAUUGUGGUGGAAUUGGUGCAUUAGCAGCCCAAAAGCGAACCAACCAAAGCGAACGAACUGGUUUUUCUUUUGUGAACUGCAGGGUCACCGGUUCUGGAACAAUCUUUUUAGGACGAGCUUGGGGUGACUUCUCUCGGGUUGUUUAUGCAUUUACGUACAUGGAUAACAUAGUUGUCCCGGAGGGUUGGGACAACUGGGGAGACCCCAAUAAAGAGCACACUGUGUUUUUUGGGCAGUACAAGUGCUCGGGACCAGGAGCCAAUCAUGCAGGACGUGUAGCGUGGUCUCACGAGCUCACACCGGGACAGGCACAACCUUUUCUAGAUCCAAGCUUCAUUGAUGGCUCUCAGUGGCUCCCAACUUAGAGAGACAGAGCUGGACGUGUAUAUAAUUUAUAGUUGAAGGAAAAGCAUUUGCUGCUUUGCGCACGAUUGCUUGUCAUAGUUUGCGACAUUUUCUUACUUUUCUAAUGCCUGGGCCUGUAGUAUCUUGCAAUCUGUUCAGCUGAUUUGCUCUUUCUGCAUCCACAGCGAACUCUCGUAAGUAUCCUAUUCAUAUCUGAUUCCAAUCCACAGGGCUCCGUGCAUUUUUCGAGCUGGAAAAUCAGAUUACUUGCAACUUGGUUGAUCCAGGUACCUUGAAAGUUUGCCAGCAAGCGAAGUUUUAAAUCUCGUGCUAGAAGCUUAUCUUGGUUGCAGUCAGCAGUGAGAGAUACAAAUCCGUCAGCACGGCGGAGAUUUGCUUCGAUGUCGAUGGAAUAGAAAUUCCAGUGAAACUUUGUGAGAGACGUCGUCUUCUCCAGACGGGCGGGCAUUUAUUUCGUCCGGGCGAAGCCUUCUUCGGCAGCGGUGCCUGUGGGAUCCAAAGAAGAGCGACUACAAAGUACAUAGACCGGUGGACAGUAAGCGAGUUACGCGGUGCAACCACUCAGAGUUAAUGGUCCAUGGACGACAUUCCGUGAAAGCAGUGAACAUUUAUGGAUCCAACAACCAAGCUUUGACGAGCGGUUCGUGUUAUUGUUUUCAGCUUCUUCUGCAUGGCAUUUGUGAGGGAACGCACUCAACCAGUUGCUGCUGCCAAGGGAGCACAGCACAAUCUGUGUUGAUAGCGAAGGCUCCUUUUCUUGAGGUAUUCUUUUCUUUUUCCGAGCAUUAAACGCCUGAUCUUUGCAAGCAAUCAGGUACAAUAAUUUCGCGUGUCCAGCCAUUUUCUAUGCCUCCAUUUCAUCAGGUAAGCAAGACGAGAAAGAGAGAGCAAAAAAAAAGAGAGAGAAAAACUUUCGGAAAGAUCCAUCAAGCAACGCUCUCUUUCGUUUGCAGCAAACACAGGCAGUCCCUCUCGCCCGAUCAACUUGUCAAGAUGGGUGGAAAAUAAAAAAGGAAAGAGCUUUUGGUCGCAUGGCCCUCCCGUGACGCCGAGCUCUAUUAAAAUCCUCUCACGUUUUGAGCUUCAAGGGGAGGUGGCGUAGCAAUCCACAUUACUUACAUCGCUCUUUUCCCUCCCUCUUUCUUCGGUGAAUUUUUUUGGGAGUUUUCAAUGUGUAGUAGCGUUGUUUUCGUGCCGCCGUAUAUUCCCCUCUCGCUCUCUCCUUUUUUGCUUUCCACCGCCUUUUAAGUUCGAACAAACACUCACUAGAAGCCCGA